AUGAUCCAAACUGGUAUAUCAGCCAUAGAUACAAUGAACUCUAUAGCGCGUGGUCAAAAGAUUCCAAUCUUUUCUGCAGCUGGACUACCUCAUAACGAGGUUGCCGCGCAAAUCUGUCGUCAAGCUGGCCUUGUCAAGAAAGUCGAUAAGGGUGUGUUUGAUGACCAUGAGGACAAUUUCUCUAUUGUAUUUGCUGCUAUGGGUGUGAAUAUGGAAACGGCUCGUUUCUUUAAACAAGAUUUUGAAGAGAAUGGUUCCAUAGAGCGAGUCACACUAUUCUUGAAUUUAGCUAAUGAUCCGACUAUUGAACGUAUUGUUACCCCACGGUUGGCUCUUACUACUGCUGAAUAUUAUGCAUAUCAACUAGAGAAGCAUGUUUUGGUUAUUUUAACUGAUAUGAGUUCAUAUGCUGAUGCUUUACGUGAGGUUUCUGCCGCACGUGAAGAGGUACCUGGUCGUCGUGGAUAUCCUGGAUAUAUGUAUACUGACUUGUCUACUAUAUAUGAACGUGCAGGUCGUGUUGAAGGAAGAAACGGUAGUAUCACGCAGAUUCCAAUCUUGACAAUGCCGAACGAUGAUAUUACCCAUCCUAUUCCCGAUUUGACGGGGUAUAUUACAGAAGGCCAAAUAUUUGUUGACCGUCAAUUACAUAAUCGUCAAAUUUACCCGCCGAUUAAUGUUUUGCCAUCUCUUUCUCGAUUGAUGAAAUCCGCAAUUGGUGAAGGCAUGACAAGAAAGGAUCAUGGUGACGUUUCCAACCAGCUUUAUGCUAAAUACGCCAUCGGUAGAGAUGCAGCCGCCAUGAAGGCAGUAGUAGGAGAGGAAGCUCUUAAUCAAGAAGAUAAACUCUCUUUAGAAUUUUUGGAAAAGUUUGAAAAAACAUAUAUCUCUCAAGGUGCAUAUGAAAGUCGAACAAUUUAUGAAUCAUUGGAUCAAGCAUGGUCGAUUCUUCGUAUCUUCCCAAAAGAAAUGUUGAAUCGUAUACCACAAAAAGUUUUGCAAGAAUUUUACCAUCGUGAUAGAAAAUCACGCCAUAAAACUACGACAGAUAAUAUUUAG